UAUCGGUACGGAUUCCUAGAAGUAUCGAGAAAGCACUAAACACUCCUCUACGACAAUAUAAAUACCUACCCAGCUCCUCUUCCUUGAACCAACGAACUUGAAACCUGAAAGCAAAUUCAGAAAAUUCUCAAAAAGCUCACGGAAAAUGUCACUGAUUCCAAGAAUCUUCGGCGAUCGACGAAGCAGCGUCUUCGAUCCAUUCUCAAUUGACGUAUGGGAUCCGUUCAGGGAAUUGGGCUUUCCAGGUUCCAAUUCAGGGGAGACCUCUGCAUUUGCCAACACACGAGUCGAUUGGAAGGAAACUCCGGAGGCCCAUGUGUUUAAGGCAGAUCUCCCUGGGAUUAAGAAGGAGGAAGUGAAAGUGGAGAUCGAAGACGAUAGGGUUCUUCAAAUCAGCGGAGAGAGGAACGUGGAGAAAGAGGACAAGAAUGAUACUUGGCACCGUGUGGAACGCAGCAGCGGCAAAUUCAUGAGAAGAUUCAGGCUCCCGGAGAAUGCAAAAAUGGAUCAAGUUAAAGCGGCGAUGGAGAAUGGAGUGCUUACUGUUACUGUUCCGAAAGAAGAGGUGAAGAAGCCUGAUGUCAAGUCCAUUGAGAUAACCGGUUAGACGCCCAUAUAAGUUUAUCUGUAAAUGUAGCAACUACUCUAUGGAUUGCGUACUGAAGAUGUAAAGUUGUUCUUCCUUCAUGUCUCCUUAUUUGGCCUAUUAACCGCUAAUGUAAUAAUAUUCCUGUUUUUGUACUGAGGUUCUGUUCAAAUCUUUUAUCUUACUCUUUCCUUCUUUUUGCCUUUCUA